UGGCCGGGAGUUGAAAAUAUUGAUGCAUGUGGAAGACGAAAGACAGAGAAUUAAUAAGCUACGACGCACUCCACAACUCGGGGAAAGGGGGAGAGAUCGAUGGAAUGGAGGAAAUGUUAUCUGGAUGUGAUUCUGGUUCCACUGGGAUUUCUUUUGGCCCUCGCCUACCAUGUUUGGCUCUGGUAUAAUGUUCGGACUAUGCCGCUCAGAACCAUCAUCGGAAGGAAUUCCAAAGCACGCCGUUUCUGGGUCUUCUCCAUCACCAUGGACAUUGACAAGAAAAACAUCGUGGCCGUCCAAACCCUUCGCAACAUGAUCAUGGGGUCAACCCUAAUGGCUACAAUGUCAAUCUUUCUCUCCGCUGGCUUGGCAGCAGUGGUAAGCAGCACGUACAGCGUGAAGAAGCCGCUCAAUGAUGCUUUUUAUGGAGCCGACGGGGAAUUUAUGGCGGCUAUGAAAUAUGUGACAGUCCUUACAAUCUUCCUAUUCUCAUUUUUCUGCCACACUCUGUCGAUUGGCUUUCUUAACGAGGUAAGCAUCCUGAUAUGCACCCCACAGGAGCCUUUGUCGAUGCUAACGCCGGAGUAUGUGUGUGAACUUUUAGAGAAGGGCUCCGUCUUGAACACUGUGGGCAACAGGCUAUUCUAUGCGGCACUUCCUCUUCUGCUCUGGAUCUUUGGGCCAGUGCUGAUUUUUUUGUGCUUUGUCUCGAUGGUCCUAGCACUUUACAUGCACGACUUUGUGUCCGGUGGGAGUGGAAGGGCCAAGACGGUUGGCAGUGCAAUUAGGGACUUCGUUUGAGUUUGGAACAUGUGGCUUCAAAAUACUGUAUUAUUGAUUUAUGUUUUUUUUUUUUUAAUUUUCCACUCCUCUUAAAUACAUAGUAAAUAAUUUAAGAUACAAAACACUCUUCAAAAUAUAAAAUUAUUAUUAUUAUUUUUUA